UCGGCGCCGGUGGCUGGAGCGUGGUCUCCGGGAGGGGUGUGGCCUCUCGGUGGGGAGUGACCUCGGCUCGUGGGCCGGGUCCGCCACCUGCAGCCCGACCCACAGCUCACUCCGCACCCCGAGGGCAGGAAGACGAGUCGGGGGACUAGAUUGGCUGCCAUCACUUGGUCUCCGACUUUGUGCCAGACGCUGUCCCAGCGGCUCUUCAGAGGUCACCUCGUAGGAGCUUCGCAGCGACGCCCUGGUCUUACAGGGCUCACCGGAUUUCUUCGGGCUCCUGGGAGGAGGCCUGUUCUCCUGGCGGCCAGCUCAGCCCCUCAGCUCCUCUCUGGCCCAUGCUCCAGGUCCUCUGCACGACGCAGGUCCCAGGACCACCAGCCGGCCGCCCACCAGCCUCCAGGCCUCUGCACGCAGGGCUCUCUGUACAGAAGACCUUCGCUGUUCUGAGGGACUCAGAUUUAUUUCAGAUGCGCACAGUGGUCACUGCCCCCCGGCCCUGGACAAGCGACAGGCUUUAAAACCGGAAAAAACAGUGUUCUUUCUGUAUACAGAGCCUCUCACACGAUCCUGCCUUUCUGGAUCCAGCAGAAGCCCUUCUCUCUCUGACCACACAGCCCCUGGAACAUCAACACACAUGCUGGGGCCUCACCCUCUGGAACCUUCCUGCAGUGAGUCACCCAAUCCUGGACAGUGGGGAUGCCCAGAAAGAACUUUGAAAUUGCUGACCCAUGCUACCGUGCAAACCCAAACUAGUAGCCAGUGUUCAAUAUUUGUUCAUGGUUCUUGAGGGAUUACUGAGGACACAGGUCGGAACACAGCAGGCCAAGUCUCUCGGAUUAGUUCUUACCCCCACCGUCUGUACAGCCUGCGUCUGAAGCCUGCAGAUAUCAGGACGGAUGUCAGGACAACGUGCGACGCUCUGUCACACACAGCCAGAGUGCCAUCAACUGUGGGACUCCGUCUGCAGGAAAUAUGAGUGUUACUCUGCAUCAGGUGUCCCUCUAAAUAGAUAUAUCAAAGAUGCAUGGGGCAGAGUGUAAAAUAAGUUGUGGUUUGAUGGUGUGUUCAAUUUCCUGGAGACUUUGAUUUUUACCUGUCUUUACAGUCCACAUGGAAAAUGACAGUGUCGCUUUCCGACUCCUUGUUGAGCAAAGAUGUCGAAGCAAGGAUAUGGUGGGUCCUCCGGUGCGAAGUUCCGGAUUUCCCUGGGUCUUCUGGUCGGAGCCGUGAUCAACUGUGCCGACAACAUGGGAGCCAAAAAUCUGUGUAUCAUCUCUGUGAAGGGGAUCAAAGGAAGACUAAACAGACUUCCUGCUGCUGGCGUGGGUGACAUGGUGAUGGCCACAGUGAAGAAAGGCAAACCAGAGAUCAGAAAGAAGGUACAUCCAGCUGUGGUAAUUCGACAACGAAAGUCAUACUGGAGAAAAGAUGGUGGGUUUCUCUACUUUGAAGUUAACAAAGGGGUCAUAGUAAACAAUAAAGGUGAAAUGAAGGGUUCUGCUAUCACAGGACCAGUUGCAAAGGAGUGUGCAGAUUUGUGGCCCAGGAUUGCAUCCAAUGCUGGCAGCAUCGCACGAUUCUUUGGUUUAUCCAUUUAAAAAAAGAAGUAAAAAUUACUUGGUCCCAA